AGCUGUUCUUACCAGAUAACUAUCAUUAUCAUGGUCCAUAAUGCUGACACAUGUAUAUCAAGCGUGUGCGUUACAUUUUGGUUUAACAUAUUAAGAUAGACGUUAACACAAUGCAAACAUCUGUUCCGUACCUGACGGCGGACCAGGAGGCAGACUUGCGGGAGACGGCCAAGCGCCUCGUGGCACCGGGAAGGGGUAUUCUCGCCGCCGACGAACCACCAGAGACGAUGGCACAGCGGUUCGCGGGAGCUGAUAUCAAAAUUGAAAACACAGAGGAGGUCCGCCGGAAGUACCGUGAGCUACUCUUCACCACGGAGGGUGUGCAGGAAUACAUUAGCGGCGUCAUAUUCCACCAUGAGACAUUCCAGCAGAAAUCUAAGGAUGGCAUCCCAUUCCCGAAGCUGCUGUCGGACCGAGGGAUUAUUCCAGGGAUCAAGACUGACAGAGGAAUGGUCCCACUGGCGGGCACGGAUGGGGAAACCACCACACAAGGUCUGGAUGACCUGGGCGAGCGAUGUGCCGAGUACCGGAAGGGUGGCGCAAGGUUCGUCAAGUGGCGGUGCGCCCUGAAGAUCGGUCUGCAGACGCCCACCUAUCUUGCCAUGAUGGAGAACGCCAACGUCCUCGCCAGAUACGCUUCCAUCAGUCAGCAGAACGGACUCGUGCCAAUAGUGGAGCCGGAAGUCCUGUACAACGGUGAUCAUGACCUUCAGACGUGUCAAAAGGUCACGGAACAGGUGCUAGCGUUUACGUACAAGGCGCUCUCUGACCACCACGUGUUUCUCGAGGGGACGCUCCUUAAGCCCAACAUGGUCACAUCUGGUCGAAGCUUUGGGGCCAGAAGUUCUCCGCAAGAUACGGCCAGGGCAACUGUAACCGCCUUUAGCAGGACAAUCCCACCAGCAGUCCCUGGCAUCGUGUUCUUGUCCGGGGGCCAGUCUGAGGCCGAGUCCACGUUGAACCUAAACGCAAUCAACACAUGCACGGCGGCACCCAAGCCAUGGGCUCUCUCAUUCUCAUUCGGGCGCGCCCUGCAAGCCAGCGUUCUCAAGGCAUGGCAGGGCGACGAUAAGAACAUCGACCUUGCACAGAAACAGUUUCUUGUUAGGGCGAAGGCGAACGGGCUCGCGACCCUGGGGCAAUAUGACGAGAAGGAGGCUGCAGCUGCAGACGAAAACUCACUCUUUGUGGAGAAAAAUGAAUAUUGAAGACACUUAAAAAUAUACUCCUUAUAUAUACAUGUAUAUACGUUUCCAACAAACAUAUAAUAAUUGCCGAUGGCCUUAUACAGCUAGUGUUUGUUUGUUUUCCAGUAAGAUCUAAUAACUAUAACUUGUAUGCAACUAUAUGGUGUUCAUGGGCGAUUCAAUUGAAUAAAACAUCAGCGGAACAUAA